AUGUCUCUUGUGGCUCUGUUAUGGGCACAGCAGUCGGAGAGAUAGUGCCGAGCAUUGACAAGCGCAAGGCCAUCAAAGAGCUGCGCAACUUUUGCCCCAUCCGAGCUGCUGCCCCAAAGUGCGAGAAAGGCUUUCACGCUGGGCUUUCCGAAAUGCUGAAGACGCCGGACUGGCAGGACGCCUACCCCAACAUGGUGAAGCUCUGGAUCGCGGUGGCCGUCCUGCCGCUGAGCACGGUGGAGUGCAAACAAGGCUUCUCACGCCAGAACGUAAUCAAGAGAUGGCAGCGCGGGGCUAUCAAGGAUGCUCGCCUGUUGGAUCUGAUGGCUAUGUCGCUGCUGGACUACGAGCCCCACAAGGCGGAAGUUGUCGACAUCUGGCGGAGUUACAAGAAGCGGCACCCAGGCCAAAGAAGCGAUUGGAGAGCGAGAAGGGGAAGGAGAAAGAGGAUGAAGAGGAAGGGGAGGAGAUGGGAGGAGGAAGGUGGGGAGCUCAUGGGGGACGAUGCAGAGGAUCGUUGGGAUGAUGACAACGAAGAUGAGUAGCUAGCAAGUUAGGCUCCCCUUGCAGUGUGGCAGAUGCGUUAAGCUUUGAUUGUUAGAGCUAGAGAGAUGCAAUAAACAUAGAGAGGCCAA